AUGUUACGGCAAGCUAUAGGAAUGAGGAAAAUAGACGUGGCCGGGUUAAGCGAGCUAAAUAAAAAAAUUGCUAUGAGAAAUAAAUGGCAGACAGAUGAUAACUUAGACUCGGCGAUACAAGUGAUAAAUAACUCUGGACAUUCCCAAUACAGCGGCAAAGGCAUCGGCUUUGUCUGGAUAAACUACUUGGACAUAGUUAUAUAUAGUUGUUAUAUAUCCUCAAAUGAGGGCAAAGAAACUUAUCUUCGUUUCCUACACCACUUGAAACUAAGUAUCCGUAACCAAAGGAAUCAAUGUCUUAUAUGUGGAGACUUUAAUGCCAAGUUGGUGAUGUGGGGCUCACCCAUAAACGACCACAAAGGGGAUAUCCACUCGGAAUGGUGCUCUGAACUGGACCUGGUCGUGUUAAACAGAGGCACCAUGCCAACAUUCAAAAGGGGCACCAGCGAGUCCUUUAUUGAUAUCUCAUUCGCAACGAGUAGACUAGCAACCAAAAUCCUAAGCUGGGAGGUAUCGGACGAAGAAAAUCUGUCUGACCAUAACUUUAUUUUCCUGGACAUAAAAGAAGAUAGUGUAAACGAGACGAACUCAUCUGAACAAAAACCGAAACAAAUAGGAUGGAGUGUAGAUCACACAAAAAUUGAGGAAUUCCUAAUAACUCUGGAGAAAAGAUUAUUAUCUGUAAAAAGUACUAAAGAUAUGACACCAAAAGCAUGGUCCGAAAUUAUCACCGGCGCAUGCAACAGUAUCUUUAUGAGAAAAAAGGGACUGGAAGCUAAUAAGAAACCUGUCUACUGGCGGACAUCACAGAUAGAAAAACUUAGAAAGGAAUGUCUGCUUAAAAAGCGUACCAUGAUUCGAAAAAACAAAUUGUCACAUAUUACUGACGAAGAAAAAAAUUCGGCAAUAGCACAGUAUCGAGAAACCCGCGCAAGCCUGAAAAAAGAUAUCCGGGAAUCCAAAAAACAGGCGUGGAAGAGAGUAGUGGAUGAUGUGGAAAAUGACACCUGGGCCAUGGGUUAUAAAAUAGCUACCAAAGCAUUAUGUUUAAGUCCAUCUCUCCAGAUCACAGAAGAAUGUAUGUUACAGGAGGCUCGGAAAUUAUUUCCUUCUCGACCCAAAGUAACCUGGGACCUGAUAGUGGUGAAUCCAAAAGAAAAACCACCAUUUUCAACGGAGGAAUUAGAGUAG